UGAAUGUGUCGUCCUUUUUCUUCGACUGCAGAACGAGUCGACUCACUGUGUAGUGCCGACAGCUUUUUCCUCGCGCGGACGCUCUUCGGACAACAUCUGCACGCGAACUAACUUUUUGGUGAUAUUUCACGCACAAGGGGGGUUUCCCCAUACUUGCAAAGAGCCGAGACAUUUUACUGCUACCUAUCCUUUUGUAUUGUUUUUUUCCAACACAAAAACUUCCAACUUCCAAGAGGUACCAUGCAACUUUAUGCUGCUGUGAUGUUCGUUUAUGGAGUAACGGCACUCAAUAUGACAGAGGAGAGGGGCUCCUGCCCACUUGGAUAUUUCCCGUGUGGCAACCUGACCGUGUGCCUCCCUCAGCUCCUGCACUGCAACGGCAUCGAUGACUGUGGGAACCAGGCGGACGAGGAGAACUGCGGAGAUAAUAACGGAUGGCCACAUCUUUUCGACAAGUAUUUUGGAAUGCCGAGCUCAGACACAGGGACCAGGUCCAAUUUAUGCCUGCUGGGGAUUUUCCCUGAGCUCUGCCAGUGUCGAGACCUGGAGCUGGACUGUGACGGCGCUCAGCUUCGAGACGUCCCGGUGGUGGCUGUGAAUGUAACGAUGAUGUCUCUUCAAAGAAACCACCUUCACACACUGAAAGCAAACAUAUUCUUCAAAUACCAGAGCCUGCAGAAGCUAUAUCUGCAGCACAACAGAAUUCAAGAUGUGAGUCCUGACGCGUUCAGAGGGCUGUAUAAUCUUACAAGACUAUAUCUGAGCUAUAACAAGAUAUCCGUCCUGAUGCCCGGUGUGUUCAAGGACCUGCACAAGCUGGAGUGGUUGAUCCUGGAAAAUAACAAUAUCCAUCAGAUGUCCUCCUUGACCUUUUCUGGACUCAACUCUCUUGUGUUGCUGGUGAUGCUGAACAACUCGUUGUCAAAGCUGGAUGACAUCUGUCAUGAAAUGCCGCGGCUCAACUGGCUGGAUUUGGAGGGAAAUGUCAUUGAAACCAUUGGAAACGUCUCGUUACACUCGUGCAGCAUGCUGACAGUUCUGGUCUUACAGAGGAACAGGAUCAGCCACAUCCAUGAGCAAGCGUUCUCAGUCCUCCAGAAGCUCGGAGAGUUAGAUCUAUCCAACAACAGACUGGUGUCGAUUCCUCCCAAUCUCUUCGUCCUGCUGGAGGAUUUGCUCCAACUGAAUAUAUCAUACAAUCCCAUCAUGGAGCUCCAGGUCGACCACUUUGACAAGCUGCAUAAACUGAAGUCACUGAGCAUAGAGGGGAUAGAAAUUGAAAACAUACAACGGAGGAUGUUUGAACCUCUGAAAUACUUGACUCAUAUCUACUUCAAGAAGUUCCAGUACUGCGGCUACGCUCCACACGUGCGCAGCUGCAAACCCAACACGGACGGCAUCUCGUCCUUCGAGGACCUGCUGGCUAACAUCGUGCUGAGGGUCUUCGUCUGGGUGGUCUCUGCCACCACCUGCUUCGGAAACAUCUUCGUCAUCUGCAUGCGCUCGUACAUCCGCUCGGAGAACAAACUGCACGCCAUGUGCAUCAUCUCGCUCUGCUGUGCAGAUGGGCUCAUGGGCAUCUACCUCUUCAUGAUCGGCGCUUAUGAUCUGAAGUUCCGCGGCGAGUACAACCGGCACGCUCAGGCCUGGAUGGACAGCAGUCAGUGUCAAGUCAUCGGCUCGCUGGCCAUGCUGUCCACCGAGGUGUCAGUCCUUCUCCUCACGUAUCUCACUCUGGAGAAAUACAUCUGCAUCGUCUACCCGUUCAAGUACCUGACGCCUGGCUGGAGACGAACCGUCACCAUCCUGUUUGGGAUUUGGGUGUUUGGUUUUAUCGUUGCCUUCCUGCCGCUGGCCUGCAAGGGGCUUUUCCGAAACUUCUACGGGACCAAUGGAGUCUGCUUCCCCCUGCACUCUGAGCAGCCCGAGACGCUUUGGGCUCAUGUUUACUCCAUUGUCAUUUUUCUAGGUCUGAACCUGGUGGCAUUCCUCAUAAUCGUCCUUUCCUAUGCGAGCAUGUUCUAUAACAUCCAGAGAACAGGGACGCAGACCACCAAAUACAGCAACCACAUCAAGAAAGAAGUGACCAUCGCUAAAAGGUUCUUCUCCAUCGUCAUCACCGACUCUCUCUGCUGGAUCCCUAUUUUCAUCCUCAAGAUCCUGUCACUGCUGCAGGUGGAGAUUCCCGGUACCAUCAGCUCCUGGGUGGUCAUUUUUAUUCUUCCCAUCAACAGCGCCCUAAACCCCAUCCUUUACACUCUGACUACACGGCCUUUCAAAGAGACCAUUCUUCAGGUGUGGGCCAACUACAGGCAGAGGCGGCCUCUGUUCAGCGGGCACCCGGCUCAGCAUCCAUCUCUCACCUGGCAGGAAAUGUGGCCGCUGCAGGAGAACAACCACGGCAUCACUGCGGGGCAAGCCAUCGGAACGACAGACACGAUAGCCAAGCUUACCCCUGUGGAAAUAACAAACGAUGGCUACAGUGACAUUACCAAGUGCACACAGCAACAACAGAAGCAGCAUAUAGUGCUGUCUGUGUGUUCACAGAAACAAACACCCACACACAGAAACUCUAACACAUACACACAAAACACAUGAACUCUUCUAGCAUCUGUUUGGGAUUAAGGCUACUUCAUCUCACACAAAAAAGAGUGUUGAACUUUUCACACUUUUUAUUCAUCAGUGAUCUCCUUCCCAAACAGCAGCUGUCAAAGUGGCAGAAAAUGUGUGUGCUCAAUGGUCGAGUGUUCUCAAACAGGCCGUUUGGAGAUUUUCCCUCCAUGACAUCACAAAGGGCAGUAGCCCCUCCCCCAGGUGGGUGACACUCCCACAGCUAGGUGUUUGUUCUGCCCUCUGAGUCUGCCUUCUCACCGUAAACAAUAGGACAUGGAGCGAGAAAGCACCGAGUACACCCAAGCCCUUCCAGAGAGGGGGCGUGGUCAGACACAGGUCAUUUACAUAUUUAAAGGUACAGACACAGAAACAGCCUGUUCUGAGCAGGGCUGAAAUAGAGGGGUUUAUAGGCAUGAUCAAAUACAGGAUCAGAGUGGAUUUAGAACAAGACACUUCACACACAUGUUUUGGGGAGCUCUGAGACUUAUUUACACUGGUUGAAAGGAAGGAGAAUAUGUGACCUUUAAAAAAACAUGUCAUAAGUCACUUUAAGACGCUAUGUAUUCAUUGGUUCAUCAGUCACUGGUCAGCCCUACUGAGAAACUUUGGUGGGUGUCUUUUUUGCAUUUAUCUUUCCUAGAGUGAAUGUGCACGUCUAUUUCUCUUAGCUGGUUUAAUCUCAUAUUGAUAAAACUUGCAUUGCCCUAUUUAAAAAUUCUGUAAAUAUGUGGUGGAGAAUUAUUGAAUGUAACGUAUAAGAUAUUUCAAAUGACCUUUUAUACAACCUGUCUUGUAAUUCCCCAGCUGGUCUGGGAGAUUAAAGAUCUGCCUCAGCAUUGGUUCCUAACCAACAAAAUACAAAACUUGUUUUUUUCACACUGAUUUGUAUAAAGAUCAUAAUCUCUUUUGUGCAUACUCUGUUUAAUUAACUACUGAUUCCUGUGGAAAUUGACAUUCUCAGACAUUGUAAAUGCAUGAAUGUAUAGCAACCUGCUAUAACUCAGAGGAGAAUAAAAUAAAAGUGAAUACAUUGUGUGCCGUCUACAUGCAUUGUCUGUAUGCUGUGUGUGUGUUUGCUUACAAAGAAAAGACAGAGAAACCAGCGGUUUGCUUGAGAUAUAUUCAGAAUAUCUCCAGGCUUACAUUUAUUAUUUAUUAGAAAAACAGUUUUUUAAACUUGUAGCAUCAUUGAAUUUGUUGUGUUGACUUGUUGUGUCCCACAAUGCAUUUCUUUAAAAGGUUGUGCUUGUUUGUUUGUUUUUUUACUUCAUUUGAAUGUGGACAAUAAAUA